AUGAGGACGCUAGAGGAGGCGAGACGGCACGAGGCCGAGCGGUUGGCGCCGAUGGUGGUGAGCGCGCGGGAGGAGUGCGAGAUGUUGCGCGAGGAAAUCGAGGGAUGCGGGAAGCGCGCCGAGGCGCUGACGGGGAGCAGAGACGAGCGCGAACGACGCGCGUGCGAGGUCGAACGCGCGUGCGCGAGCGUGCGAGAGGCACUGAAAAUCGAGCGAGAGAGAUUAAAGUGUGAGAAAGCGGUGUUGGGGAAAAUACGAGCUGAAAAAGACGCACUGUUUGAGACGUUGACGCGCGCUCGAGCCGACGCGGCGACGCUCGAAACCCGCGCGGAGACGCUUCGAUGCGCAGAAACCGAUGCAGAGACGUCGGUGCGACGCAACGAGCAAGAAUUGAGCGAACACGUGAGUAAGAACGCGAAGUUUGACGAGCAGCUGUCGACCGCGGAGAGAGGUUUAAACGAUCUCAAGGCGCUCUUGGAGCGGGAAUCGUUGGCGCGAGACGAAAUCGCCGCCGAGGGCGUGCGCCGCGAGCUCGAUCGACGCGCGUGUCAGAAGUCUUUGACUCGAGCCAAGCAGACGUCGCUUCGUGAGACGCGUGCAAACGCACAUCUUACGUAUCUCGUGAACGAAAUGUUGACGAACGCACGCUCGAUUGCCGACAUUGUCGAGGACGUCGAAGGGACAAAGGCUGCGCUCGAACGUGAGCUCGCCACGGCGGUUCGCGACACCAAGCGUACCAUAGAAGAGCAAAACGCGCUCAGACUCGACGUGAACGAGCGUAGGGAAGAGUGCAAGGUAGAAAUCACCAAAGGAGAUUUGCUUGCGCACACCGUGACAGUCACCGUGCGCCAAGAAAUAGCAGAUUUAGAAGAUGAGGUAAAAUGUCUUCGUCGCGAGGAGGCGGCGAGAAAUCGAAUACAAAAGUACGUCGCCGACAGGGUCUCGCGCGCGAUGAAGCGUCACCAAGGCGUGCAGCAAAACAUAGCACAACUAAAAUCGCUAUUGCGUAUCCGCGAUGCGGAGAUGAUGGAUGUGAAGUCAAAUAUCGACGACGCGCGAGAGCGCCGCUCGCACUUUGAACGCCUGCGAGAAUUGACGACGACGCAACGCGACGCGUUCGCGACGAUCGUGAGAAAAUCUGGCGUCAUCGCCGGAGCUACUCGAGAAAAGAAUGAAUGUUUACAUUUGAAAACGUUCGAGCUCGAGCGUCAAGCGCAAGAGAAAGAUUGGGAAGUUUCCGCGGCGCGCGGAGAGACAGAUGCGAAGAAGCGCGAGAGGGAUGCGCGCCGAAAUCAAAACGACGCCGUCUCGCACGUCAUCUUGCGCGCCAGAGCGGACAUGGAGGUGAGUGAAACCGAACUCGGAAAACUACAAAACGAGCUCAAGGCCGGGAAGUGCGAUCAAGAGCUUUUAUUCGAGCAAUCAAAGGCGCUUGUGAAAUCACGUCAGGCAGUCGCCAUGGAGUUGCUCGACCGAAACGACGAGUUGUGUCAACUGUGCGAUCGUAUCGCCACGUCCGAAGACGUCAGCCGGCAGUGCGAAGAAGAGCUCGCGCUGCGUGUACAUGAAUAUGAAACACUACGCCGUCAAGUACACGACCUAGAGCGUUCCCUGAUCGUCGCGCGGCGAAACGUCGCCGCCAUACCGCGCUACCAAGCCGAGAUUUCGAGCAAGCGCUCGACGCUAUACGAGAUGCGCGUCUCGGCGGAGAAUCUGAGUCAGCGAUUGGAAGAUCCGAACGAGCACACGCGGUGGCGAUUAAUUCAUGGUCCGAAGGGUGAGCAAGAAAACGACGUUGACGUGGACGUUUUCAACGAUAAGCUUGCGAGCGUGGGAUCGAGAAUUCAAGAUCAAGAGCGCGAGCUCGCGAGGCGUCGACUGAGAUGUCAAGACAUCGAUCGAGAGAUUGAACGUUUGCGAGCGGUCAUCGCCGAAAAUGCAGACGAAGCGAUCGAAACUGCGUCGUCGCUCAAUCGAGCGAAAUCCAAGCUCUCGGCCGUCGAGCGAGCGCUCCUCGCCGCGGUGUCCGAACUCACCAUGUAUCGAGCGCUCACCGCCGCGCUCGCCGACGCAAAAUCGCGAAACAUCGCCGAGAUCGAUGCCUUACGCUUGAGUUUAGAGACGUAA